CAGAAGCGAAGUUGAAGGCUGGGCGCGGAUAACAGAACGCUAUGGUUAAAAGGGACGUAGAACAAUUAAAUGGACAUUUUAGCUACAUAUAAUAGUUACUGGAAAUCUGUUUUGAAUAAUACAACAUUUUUAAAUCAACCAUUUUUUCCCUCUUCGGUUUUAAAAGGCCUUUUUUUGGGAGUCUAAUCGCCACAGUCUCUGCGUACCGACCCGCUACCAGUCAGUCUUGCGCUACGUGAAACAUUUUCAUCUGGGCAGAAGAGGAUUUUUCUCGUCUGCGUGUUGGAUAUCAGAGGGAUUUGAUCGGAAUAUAUAUUUAAAACAAGUUGGGUCAUCAAUUUUGUUUAGCUAAAUGAGUAUAAUCUUCGUGGUGAUCUCUCCGAUCAGAUGUCAGAAAUCCAUAUAUGACAGUACCAGCCACACAAAAACACAUAUGACUGUGUCUAGUUAUCUAACGUUAGUUGGCCUUUGGGAAAUGUAAGGUUACUUUAGCUGCGUUUCAUGGAUUUGUAAAAUCCUAUCAUAAACAGCGUGCUAGAUAGUUGUUUUGAAGUGUAUAUAUAUAUAUAUAUAUAUCUUUUCUUUCUUUCGUGAAUGCUGGUUUGCUUGUUAGUUAUGAAAGGUUAACGUCUGAUGGCUGACUGUAGGUAACGUUACUGUAGCCCAGUACAGAGGAGACUCGGAUGUCGAAAUAAAACGUUUUGGCAAUCAAAAACAAUAGCUAGCUGGGUCCUAAAGUAGACAGACAACGUUAGCUAUUUUCAUAGCUCAAUAUUGAUGUUAGCUUGUGAUUUUUAACAUAUUUUUUUUAAUCACAUUUGUUUGUUGUUGCAACUGUCUGGGACCUAAAUGACUGUUUGGACAAUCAAGGUUAGAUAAAACAAAUCAUGAAUAUCAACUGUUAAACCUAGAAGACAUUUAUUCAUCCAUCCUAUUUGAUUUGGACUAUGUUAGAUUAUUAGAUAGUCCGGGCGAAUGUGCUCGUCUAGCUCCCAGAUUGAAGGGGGUGAAAUAAGGAGAACUUCUUGGAGAAACCGCCCGUCCCAAUUAAUCCCACCAGCCAUGGCAGUCCUGGGCCGAAUGUCGGGGCUGGCGCCGGGGAUGGCACUGGGGCUGUACGGCAUCCUGCUCCUCAGCCCCGUCGCUGCUGCCCAGAGCGAGGAGCGUGAGUGUGCCUUCAACGACCAGCAGCAGCAGUAUGAGGAGCAGCGUGUGGGAGGAGCAGUGGGAGGAGCCGGAGGAGCAGGGGGAGGAGCAGUGGGAGGAGCAGGAGACUGGCCUAUGACCAGAGAGAAUACUACUAUACGCUGCAGUAAGGGCUCUCGAUGCUAUGGCCUGUGGGAGAAGACUAGAGACGGAGAGAUACACCUGGUCAAACAGGGAUGCUGGACUCACAUCGGGGACCAGCAGGAGUGCCAUGACGACCGUUGCGUGGUUACCACCACUCCGUCUCAGAUCCAGAACGGGACGUAUAGGUUCUGCUGCUGUAGCACCAACAUGUGUAACGUCAACUUCACCGAGGACUUCCCCCCGCCCAGCCCCACCUCUGCACAGCUAUACCCACGGCCGCUGUACCGCGAGGAGACCAUCGUGAUCGCCCUGGCGUCUGUCUCCAUAGUAGCGGUGCUGAUCGUGGCGCUGUUCUUCGGGUACCGCAUGCUGAGUGGAGACAGGAAACAGGGACUACACAACAUGGACAUGAUGGAGGCCGCAGCCUCAGAACCCAGCCUCGACCUGGACAGUCUUAAACUACUAGAGCUGAUUGGUCGAGGGCGAUAUGGCUCCGUGUAUAAGGGUUCUCUAGACGAGCGUACCGUGGCGGUCAAGAUGUUCACCUACCAGAACCGGCAGAACUUUGUCAACGAACGAGCCAUCUACCGUGUCCCCCUGCUGGAGCACGAUAACAUCGCACGCUUCAUCGUAGGAGACGAGAGACUCACAGCCGACGGACGCGUGGAGUACCUACUGGUCAUGGAGUAUUACCCUCAUGGUUCUCUGUGUCAGUACCUGAGUCUGCAGACAGGAGACUGGGUCAGCUGUUGUCGCCUCACACACUCUGUCACACGGGGGCUGGCCUACCUGCACACUGAGCUGCUGAGAGGAGACAUCUACAAGCCAGCCGUAUCUCACAGAGACCUGAAUAGCAGGAAUGUUCUAGUAAAGAACGAUGGGACGUGUGUGAUCAGUGACUUUGGUCUGUCCAUGAAGCUGACAGGGAACCGCCUGGUCAGGCCUGGAGAGGAGGAGAACGCUGCCAUCAGUGAGGUGGGUACAGUCCGAUACAUGGCCCCAGAGGUUCUGGAAGGGGCGGUGAACCUGAGGGACUGUGAGUCGGCUCUGAAGCAGGUGGACAUGUACGCCCUGGGCCUCGUCUACUGGGAGACCUUCAUGAGGUGUACUGACCUCUUCCCAGGAGAGACGGUGCCCGACUACCAGAUGGCGUUCCAGGCCGAGGCAGGGAACCACCCCUCCUUUGAGGACAUGCAGGUCCUGGUGUCCAGAGAGAAAGAGAGACCCAAGUUCCCCGAGGCCUGGAAAGAGAACAGUCUGGCGGUGCGGUCCCUGAAGGAGACCAUGGAGGACUGUUGGGACCAGGAUGCUGAGGCCAGGCUGACCGCUCAGUGUUCAGAGGAGCGCAUGGCUGAACUACUGCUGAUCUGGGACAGAACCAAGUCUGUCAGCCCCACGGUUAACCCUAUGACCACAACACUGCAGAACGAGAGGAACCUGUCCCACAGCCGCAGGGGUCCUAAAGUCAGCCCCUACCCAGACUACUCCUCCUCCUCCUACAUCGAGGACCACGAGGGCCACACGGUGAAGAACCUUCCUGGGGGGGACACCUCUGUAUCGGGUACCUCCUCCGUCGGCGUCCUGGGUGGAACCAGCAGUGUACCCGCAGGCCCAGAGAAGAACCGAAACUCCAUCAACGCCGAGCGUCAGCAGGCUCAGGCCCGUCUGCCCAGCCCGGAGAGCAGCGGCACCAGCCUCUCCACACCCAACACCGUCAUGACCACCAUCUCUGAGUCGGGUCAAGGGGAGGACUCAUCCGGCCCACUAGGUGGCACUCUGCCGGGGCUGGUGGUGCCGGUGUGUCUGCAGCUGACCCAGGAGGACUUGGAGACCACCAAGCUGGACCCUAAAGAGGUUGACAAGAACCUGAAAGAGUCUUCUGAUGAGAACCUUAUGGAGCACAGCCAGAAACAGUUCUCUGCUCCAGACCCCCUCAGCUGUAAGUCCUCCUCCUUGCUCUAUCCCCUCAUCAAGCUGGCUGCGGAGGUGACUGGGGCCGGGCCUGGGGCCCAGGGAGGGUCUGGGACCGGGGCCAGUGGGAUGGGGGACCCUCCAGCUACUAUGUUCCCCCUGCCCAAACAGCAGAACCUCCCCAAGCGGCCCACCAGCCUACCACUCAACACCAAGGCCAAGGAGGGCUCUGGUUCCUCCAGGCUGAAGUCUGGGAAACACCGGUCCAACCUGAAGCAGGUAGAGACGGGCGUGGCCAAGAUGAACACGGUCGCCCCAGCGGCAGAGCCACGCCUUGUUAACGUUACCAACAACGGGCCAACGGCCGUAGGAAACGGGGUGCGGAGCGGCAUAAGCGUCGUGGUCGUCAACGGUUACCUGAACGGAGGUGUAGCCUCUUCAACUGGAGGCGGGGCUCCUUACGGGACUACCAAUCCGGCGGGCCCUCAGGGGGAGUUGGGCGGAGCGACACCCUUGUUACAGACCCAGCUCAGCGGAGAGGACAGUAGACUCAACAUCAACUCCAGUCCUGAUGAACAUGAACCACUGCUAAGGAGAGAGCAGCCCACCGCAUGUGACCAGAGACCAACCAAUCACCUGGCGGGCCGCACCAACACUAACAACAACAACAACCGUCUGGUGAUCACAUUUCCAUCUGUAGAGGGACAGCCUGAACCCCUCACCUUUGUCCCCAUACCUAGACCUGUCUCUGUACCCAAACCCAUCUCCGUACCUAUCACUGCCCCUCUCACUGCCCAACUACCAGCCCCAGUCCCAGCCCCAGUCUCAACCCCAGUCCCAGCCCCAGUCUCAACCCCAGUCCCAGCCCCAGUCCCAGACCCAGUCUCAACCCCAGCCCCAGCCCCAGUCCCAGCCCCAGCCCCAGUCUCAACCCCAGACCCAGUCUCAACCCCAGACCCAGUCUCAACCCCAGACCCAGUCUCAACCCCAGACCCAGUCUCAACCCCAGACCCAGUCUCAAACCCAGUCCCAGUCUCAAACCCAGUCCCAGUCUCAACCCCAGCCCCAGUCUCAACCCCAGUCCCAGUCUCAACCCCAGUCCCAGCCUCAACCCCAACCCCAGUCUCAGUCCCAGUCCCAGUCUCAACCCCAGCCCCAGUCCCAGUCUCAACCCCAGCCCCAGUCUCAACCCCAGUCCCAGUCUCAACCCCAGUCCCAGCCCCAGUCUCAACCCCAGUCCCAGCCCCAGUCUCAACCCCAGUCCCAGUCUCAGUCCCAGUCCCAGUCUCAACCCCAGCCCCAGUCCCAGUCUCAACCCCAGCCCCAGUCCCAGUCUCAACCCCAGUCCCAGUCUCAACCCCAGCCCCAGUCUCAGUCCCAGUCUCAGUCCCAGUCUCAACCCCAGUCCCAGUCCCAUUCUCAGCCCCAGUCUCAACCCCAGUCCCAUUCUCAACCUCAGCCCCAGCGGCCCUCAGACAGCCCAAACCCAGACGACCUGAGAGACCCUGCUCCCUGGACCUGUCUGGCUCCUCACACAACAGCUCUUCAGGUGAGAAAAGAACACGCCGCACAUCUCUCAACCUCAGUCCACCCUUCCCUCUCUACUUCCCCUCCUCUCUACCUCUCCUUCACUCUCUGUCUCUCUCUACCUCAGUCCACCCUUCCCUCUCUACUUCCCCUCCUCUCUACCUCUCCUUCACUCUCUGUCUCUCUCUACCUCAGUCCACCCUUCCCUCU